UAGGAUGUCAUUUAUUCGAGUUGAUUCCAGGGACACGACCUCGCAGAAAGACGACUGUUUUGCGAAAUCUCAACAAAAUUGGGGAAUUCCAUGUCGACAUUGGCCGUGAACUUGCACCCUUCAAGCAUGUUUUUAAGUUUCAUUUUAAGAUAACUUUUGGAUGAGUGAAUUGCGUCAAAACUUCAAUCAGAUUUUGUUGGAAGUGAAGUGAUGCUCUGAAUAUAUCAGUGAUGUCGUUGACACACUACGAUACGCUGAAGGUGGUCGGCAAGGGAAGCUAUGGAGAAGUCUGGCUGGUCCGACACAAGAAAGACAAGAAACAGUAUGUCAUCAAGAAGAUGGAGAUGCUGAAUGCCUCUCGGCGGGAGAGGACCGCGGCAGAGCAAGAAGCCAAACUCCUGUCUCGACUGCGACACCCAAACAUCGUCUCCUACAAGGACUCGUUUGAGAGCGAGGAUGGCUUCUUGUAUAUCGUCAUGGGUUUCUGUGAUGGAGGAGAUAUGUAUUGUCGUCUCAAGGAGCAGAAAGGAGCGGCCCUGGUGGAGAAACAGGUGGUGGAGUGGUUUGUGCAGAUUGCAAUGGCGUUACAGUACAUGCACGAGAGGAACAUUCUCCAUCGCGACCUGAAGACACAGAAUAUCUUCUUGACAAAGAGCAAGAUCAUCAAAGUGGGUGAUCUAGGCAUAGCCAGGGUGCUAGAAGGGAACAACGACAUGGCAACCACGCUGAUUGGUACCCCGUACUACAUGAGUCCCGAACUCUUCAGUAAUAAACCGUAUAACCACAAGUCUGAUGUCUGGGCGCUCGGCUGCUGUGUCUAUGAGAUGGCAACACUGAAGCAUGCCUUCAAUGCCAAAGAUAUGAACUCAUUGGUCUACAAAAUACUGCGGGGCAAGAUGCCUGCUAUGCCCAAGUCCUACAGCGAGGACCUCAUUGAAUUGAUCAAGGCGAUGCUGAAUCUCGCUCCAGAGAAACGUCCGAGUGUAGCGCGGAUCCUACGCAAUCCCUUCAUCAAGAAACACAUAGCUAUCUUCCUAGAGGGCACCAAAUCAAGACGACCGAAUUCUGGGAGUACAGAGAGAAGGUCAUCCAAGCCAGAGAUCGUUGAGGUGUCGUCCUUCUCACCGCAGACUGCAGCUGUCAACGACGUGCCUCUUGGGGGCGCUCUAUCACCGAUCACCGAAGUACCCGCCAAGAGUGCAAAGAAACCUUCCUCAACGCCUCGAGUCUCCAGCGGCGAUGCCAAAAAGUCAGCCAAGACUCGCCCCUCAUCGUCAGGGUCAAAAGACAAGAAGGAACCUGCUAAAGAUGGUGCUAAGGACAGAAGCUCUGCCGUAAGGAAGCCACGCCCACUCCCAACUCCGCCCACUAACGCUGGUACCCCGCGCAAGAGUGCCAGUGUCAGUAAGAACCCAUCAGGCAGUCGUAACGUCGGCCGUUCCUCCUCAUCUUCGUCCAGUUCUGUCUCCAGUUCCAAGGAGAGUGUAGCCACGCCCAGAACAGAAGAGGAAGGGAGACGGUCGGUCAACACCUCCGCAAGAAUGCGAAGACGGGAAAAGCUGAGGGAAUCACAAGAAGGAGCAGCCACUGGUCCGACUGUACGCAGUUCCGCUGACGCUGCAGCAGGCAGGAAGUCAAGCAACGGUGUAGUAAAAACGAGAGCAACGCGGUCCAAGUCUGACCCCAACCCUCCACACAGGGUCAAGGCGAAAGGUCGUGAUGAAGUGGAUUCAUCCGCACCAAAGGUCAAAGGUGACGAUGAGGUUGAUGCAGCGUCACGGCGUUCUGAUAGACCAAGCGUGGGAGAUGACGACUCAGAUGAUUCAACUGAUGCCCCAGAAAAAGCCAAGAAAUACGAGGAGAAAGAGAUUUCAGAGUUCUCCUCCCUCCUGGAGUCAACACUAAAACUAGACAUACCCAACCUGGAGGAGGAAAUCAACGAAGACCCUGACGAACCAGAAGACACACCCGAUGGGAUAGACACCCCUGACUCCUCCAUCGGACAGAGCAACAUGGAUCCCCUGAGCGGCACCGUCGAUAUCUUCAUCAGGCCAGCGGCACCGAGAGCACCGAGGGGACUAGGUUCGCCAGGGAUGCCUUUUGCCCGUAAUGCAACAAUGACAACAUCGGGCCGACUGAUGGACAGGAUCGCAGCUCUGAGGAAAGACAUCAUGAACGGCAUCGGGAUUGAGAUGCUUCAGAAGGCUUACGACUGUCUGGAUAACGGUGAUGAAGAGUCAGUCGAGGCUGAACUGGUAGCACUGAUGGGCCGAGAAGACUUUGAGAUCUACGGCGGCAAGAUUUGGCAGCUGAAGUUCUGUGAGGAGACAGUGUUUGGUUGACAUGGCAACACAGGUGGGUGAGUAUACUCUGAAAAAAAAAUGGCGACCUUUGACAUUGGAUACCUGCGUCUUCGCAUCAAGAUGUUUCUACAACCGACAUGGAAAUUACAAGUGCAUAACUGCUACGUCAUCGAAGAGAUGUUUCUCAUCUUCUGCAGGUAGAGAUAAGCUUGACUUAUCUAGAACUGCCCUUUGAAUGGUUGACAUGUUUUUACAACUGCAGGAGUCUGUAUAAAGUACAACCGUCAAACUCUUUGCAGCUUUCCAGAAACCUAUAUUUUCAUGACUUUUCACCAAGGUUUCAACAACAAAAAGAGGUUCAAAGACACAGUUUGCUUUGGAAAUAUUUAUUAAAUCCAACUUGGGAAUUGCUACUUAGUUUUGUUCAAUUGCAUUCUACAGUGCCUUUUUUUUUCUAAAAUAUUUAAUUAAAUUUUCUUUUGUAUUCUGCAUAGAAACAAACUUGUUUGAGAUUUGGUAAUAAUUCUUAGCCAAACUGAUGGCGCUGCUGUGCAGUACUUAUUGGUCAUAUUGUUGUCAUUGGCGACAUUCAUAUUACUUUUGUAUAUUCAUCUCUUCAACCAAAAGCCAGCAAAUUGUUACUUUCUUCCUUCAUAUGUUCUAAUUUUUUUAAAAGAGCUAGAAGAUGUUGUCUUGGAGAGUGUAAGGUUUUGAGAAAUGUGGUCGUGCGAGUGCAAGGAAACCAUGCAGAGUUUUCUUCUCAAGAUUUGGAAACUUGGCUUUACAAAAUCACUGCGAAGAACUAAUCCCGAAUUUGACUUGCAUUUGCGAUGUGAAAUUCCUGCUUUAUAUUGGAGCACCAAUGGUUACGGUGUUCGACUCUUGUGCCGUGGUACGUAUACGUGGGUUUGAACCCUGACGGGAAACAUGGUGCUUGUGUUCAUGGGCAAGGCACUUGACUGCAAUUACCUCUCUCCACCCAGGAGUAUAAACGGGUACCUGUGAAGGUAGAGACCAGAAUGCGCUGAUAUUGAGCUGCUGCAGAAACUAGCCUCAUGCAUUGCCUGAUGAACAGGGGUAAUAAUCAUGAAGUGCUGUGAGACCUUUGCUUUUAAGCGCUAUAUAAAAUUAUAAGCACCGCAUGUAUUAUUUCAGAUGUAAAUAUCCAUCAGCAUCCUUCAGAUACCGGUAUGUACAGGGUGAGU